AAGGAAUUAAAAGUGAUUAAAAGAAAGGAAACAUGGCAAUGAAUAUUUUGAACAAAUUAAAUUCUGUUGUGCCCCAUGGCACAAGAAAUCAAGUCAGGCCUUUCUUUUACUGGCUCACUAUCAUAUUCAAUAGAGUUGAUGAGGAUCGUAGAAAGCUAGUUGGUCCUGAUCUUGCUUGUGCAGAAUGGCUUUUGAAAAAUGGCGCAUUUGUCAGAUGGAAAGAUUCCUCUAAAGAGUUAACAGAUUAUAAUUUAUUGCCAUCAACAAGAGGUGAUUAUUACAUUGAGGCAGUCAAUGCUAAUAAUGCUGGAAUUACUCAUGUUGGAUUUCCGUACUUUGAGGGCUGUAAACACAUAACGGAAGUAAAACUAGAAAGCUGUAAAUAUAUUAGUGAUCAAACAAUACCAUUCUUAUCACUGCUUAAAGAUUCACUGAUUGAUUUGAAAAUUAUUAAGUGUAAAAGUGUUACCGAUGAAGGCCUACAAGGCUUGAAACCACUCGAAAAUUUAAAAACAUUACAAGUUCAGGGAAUAUCAUAUCUUAAAGAUAGAAAAUUUAUACAUGAAGAACUCCUGAAAAUCCUACCUGAUUGUAAAAUUGAUAUUCAGUAG